AGAAGAGCUCGGCCGUGCCGAGCCCGGCCCCUCCCACCUGGUGCCGGGAGAGGGCUGAGUUGUCCGCGGGCGCCCCCAGUGGCAGCGCGAGCGCGGAGUUCUCCACUUGGGGAGCCAGGAUUUGUGAGCGGCGCGCAAUGCUGGCAUCGCUGGCGAGGGUCGCCGCUCUGCGGAGAACCCGCCUUUUCUCCCGCCGGGGCGGCGGGACGGGGCUGUGGACCGGCCGCCCGCAGUCAGAUACUGACAAUGUGAAGCCAUUGGAGGGUGUAAAGAUUCUGGAUCUAACGAGAGUACUGGCGGGACCUUUUGCUACUAUGAAUUUAGGAGAUCUUGGAGCAGAAGUUAUAAAAGUGGAAAGACCAGGAGCUGGUGAUGAUACACGAACUUGGGGUCCACCUUUUGUGGGGACAGAAAGUACUUAUUUUCUCAGUGUUAACCGAAAUAAAAAAAGUAUAGCUGUUAAUAUCAAGGAUCCAAAAGGGGUGAAAAUCAUCAAAGAGCUUGCGGCUGUUUGUGAUGUAUUUGUAGAGAAUUACGUCCCUGGCAAACUGUCUGCGAUGGGGCUGGGCUAUGAAGAUAUAGACGAGAUUGCACCUCACAUUGUCUACUGUUCCAUCACAGGGUAUGGUCAGACAGGUCCACUGUCUCAGCGAGCUGGUUAUGAUGCUAUUGCCUCUGCUGUUUCUGGUCUAAUGCAUAUCACAGGACCUGAGGAUGGAGAUCCAGUUCGUCCAGGAGUGGCCAUGACUGAUCUUGCCACUGGCCUUUAUGCCUAUGGAGCCAUUAUGACUGGACUGAUACAAAGACAUAAAACCGGAAAAGGACUGUUCAUUGAUUGUAACCUACUGUCAUCCCAGGUGGCGUGUUUGACCCAGGUAGCUGCUAAUUAUCUUAUUGGCCAAAAGGAAGCACAAAGGUGGGGCACAGCUCAUGGCAGUAUUGUUCCUUACCAGGCUUUUAAAACCAAGGAUGGAUAUCUUGUAGUUGGAGCAGGAAAUAACCAACAGUUUGCAGCUGUGUGCAAGAUCUUGAAUUUGCCUGAACUGAUCAAUGAUUCCAAGUAUAGAACUAACCACCUUCGGGUACAGAAUAGAAAAGAACUUAUUAAAAUAUUAUCAACACGGGAUUUCUACACGAGUCAGCAUUACCUACUUGGUCUUUCCUGGAUUUUAAGCACUUCUCUACACUGCCUGUAUCUCCUUUUUCAAUCAAUGGGGCCUCUGUGUGUGGGACUGAUAUGCACAGAAGAGGGGAAUGAGAAUUGGGCUCCCCUUCUUUGGUCAUUAGUUAAAUAAAACUCAGAUUCUACUGCAAAGCCAGAGAGCCCUCAGUCAUUAACCUUUCACCCAAUGAGAAUCGGCCAUUUAGCUCUGCUUUUUGCCUCUCUGCCUCUCAUGCAGUUUUUAAUUCAUUAAUACGACUUUUUCCUUUCACACAACGGUUACCAAGUUUCAAUAAUAGACACUUGUGAGAACCUUAUCAAAAGCUCUUUGAUAGUCUAAAUAAAUCAUAUCCAUGCUGUGAGAAGAGUGGACCCAAGAAAAAUACAAAACCUAGGCAGAUGCAAGUGUCCUCUUAUUUCUGAAUUGUCAGCACUUUUAUAACUUCAAGAACCACAAAAUUAUUGGUUUCCUAUGUCCUAAAACUUGUAUUCUUUGCUAAAUUCUGUUAUAGAAUUCUGCUUUGUACAGACUUUUAACAUCAUCUGUAACAGUUUAAUUUCUAAUUUCUCUCUUUGGGGUGAAUUAAAUAACCUGACACCUUCUUUUUUCUACUCUUAUAUACUCAGAAGUGGGAGUUUCAGCAUUUUAGAUCCCAUAGGUUCUUGUGUCUUUAUUCAGACUUUAGGAAUCAAACUUGUAAAGAACAGGCUAAAGGGUAGUCUUAAGAGAGGAAACUUGAUCGAGGGGGUCCCAUCAUCACACAGCCUGCAGUUAAAACACAGACUACCACUGCAAGGCCCUUGGUUGCCUGGGGCCAGAGUCCCUGCCCUCUUCAAUUGCUGUAUGGAUGUAUUUUGGUGGUGCUUUGUGGGAUGCAGUUCUUCAGUCUCUUCUCAAGUCUCGUCUUCUCCAUGGUGGAUCAAAUAGUAAUGACCAGGGAAGAUUAGCAUAUUGGUUUAGUCCCUUUGAUAACUUUUUCAUUUGUUUUUCUGAACACAUAUCCAUGGGUUCAUUAGUACCAUUAAUUACUGGGCUUUCAUAAGUAUGUGUUAGUUGCUCAGUCAUGUCCAACUCUUUGCAAUUCCAUGGACUCUAGCUUGCCAGGCUCCUCUGUCCAUGGAAUUCUCCAGGUGAGAAUACUGGAGUGGAUUGCCA